CCGCAUAAGGCACGCCCUACCACUUACAACACUAUGAAUCCAUCUCCACAUUGCCUAUCUCCAGCAUCCCAUUCUUCGACAUAUCAUGAGAGACCCCGCAGCUCGUACUCGUUAAUCAGUCCACAUGUAGCAAAAGUAUCGUAUCAGCCGACGGGAACCGCGUAUAUAUGAAAAGCAUACAUGUCUAGAUAACCCAAUACAAAGCCCCCUCCCCCAUCAAGGACCUCACCCCUCCCAAGAAACCAAUAGAAUAUAAAAAAGGAAGAAGAGCGUGGACAAAAGAAAUGACACAACAACCAUCCUAUCUGAUCCUUGGCGCCGGCGUCUUCGGCGUCUCAACAGCAUACACCCUCAUCCAACAAUACCCGUCCGCGAAAAUAACCCUCGUCGACCGCGACGCAUUCAAUGCCCCUUCACGCGUUGCCGCAUCGUGGGACUGGAACAAAGUCGUGCGCGCAGACUACUCUGACAUCGUCUAUUGCAAACUCGCACUGGAAGCCCAGGACGUCUUCAGAUCAGACCCCCUCUACAAACCCUAUUUCCACGAAUCCGGCAUCUUCUGGGUCUGCAGAGAUGACUACGCAAAAGAAGUCUUGGAGAACUACAAGAAACUGGGGCGGAAAGCGGAUUUGAAAGCCGUGAGCGUGGAAGAGGCUAAGAAGCUAUAUGGCGGCUUGUUCGAAGACGCCGAUUACUCGGGCGGCGUGCAAAACGUGCUCAUCAACCUUACCUCGGGCUGGGCAAAUGCUGGAGACGCACUCAUUGCCGUUACCAAGAAGUGCGUCGAGCUGGGCGUCGAGUAUAUCGUUGGUGAUGUGGAAACAUUGACCUUCGAUUCCAGUGGCGCGGUAUGCACUGGUGUUAAGACGGCAAAGGGCGAUGUGUAUAUCGCCGAUAAAAUCAUCCUCUCGACCGGCGCGUAUACGGCGAGACUGUUGGAGCAAUCUGCCAGGUCGAGCGGGAAGAAGGAUAUCAGCGCCGGAGGGAGGAUUGUCGCGGGGGGGAUCACAACGGGCAUGGCAACGCUGGACGAAGAAUCACAUAAAAGGUUCAAAGAUAUGCCGGUUGGUGUUCAGGGAUACACCGCUUCUACAGGUCCCUUCAUAGGCUCCCUCCCUCCAACCCGCGACCGCGAAUUAAAAUGGUGGGGGCAAAAAAUCUUCAAAAACACCCAAAACGUCCUCGGCACGCCCCUCUCGGCGCCCCCCAACACCCCAGACUACAACCAAUGGAACGUCUCCCCAAAACUCAAACAAGACAUCGACUACGCAAACAAAGUCUUCUACGGUAAAAAAGGCGCGACCUGGAAAAUGGAAAAACACAGAAUCUGCUGGGACGCAUUCACAACAUCCUCAGACUUCAUCAUCUCCCCGCAUCCCUCCUGCCCUUCUUCUCUUUAUGUUGCUACGUGCGGCUCCUUCCACGGAUACAAGUUCUUCCCCGUGCUAGGGAAAUAUAUAGUGCAGAUGAUGCAAGGGGUGCUGGAGCACGAGUUGAAGGACAAGUGGGCGUGGGAUCGCGAACGGCCUGAUGAGAAGCUGAAUCCGGAUUGGCCGCGGUGGGAGAUGAAGGAGCUUGAGGGGGAGAGGGCGAGGCUUUAAUGAAGCGGAAGUGAAGUAAAGUAAAGCGUUAAACCAGAGUAAUAAGGGAAAUGGGAAUCGUGUUUUUUUUUGUUAAUGUAUGGCUUUGCGUAUCGGCUUCCACCCCCUUUGUUUCGGUGCUGGCAUAACUUUUCACUCCAAUUCGGGCAUAUACACUGAUUUUCUUCUUUCCAACUAGAUGAAAAAAUUCAAGAGACUUAAUUGAUACUGACUACAAGGGUUUCCACGUGCGGUAGCUACCCGCGCCCCUUAUCAUCGCUAUUUCACCUUCACGUACAUUAUACAUACAUACAUAUUCCGUUGUAUCCCGUGCGUACCCAACACAGCACACUCCUACUUCAACGCUCAUCUACUCACGUCAUGCUGUUGACGGAAUCUAACUGGUAUCUAGCAAACAGCGUCAUCAUCUCAGUUCAAUUGAUCAUGUCUUCCAACAUGCCUGCCUGUGACAUUUCUGAUCCCGCACGAACACGUAGUGCGUAGCUACGGAACAAACCUGUUUUCUUGGACUAUUGAGUAGUGUAUCGUGUCGUGAAUGGGAAUAAUGUGAUUUAUUGUUGUUGCUGAGUUUUCUGAUUACAGGGUAGUGAUUUAUAUGUUGUGUGCUUGCGCGUAAGUUGUUUUCUUCUUCGAACAAUAGAUUGAAUGAGUUGGUGUGCGUUU